AUGGCAGAGGAGCUGUGCCAUGACCCCAUGACACGGCACUGUGAGCGGUGGGGAGAGCGCAGGCUGGGGCCUGCAGCUUGCACUGCCUUGAUGACCCAGCACCCUUGCUCACCCUGGCCCUGGGGCCUGAGGGCGGGCACUGUCAGGAUGCUGCACACCAGGCCCAAUCUGCUUUCUGUCCAUAAAUUUGCAGAGAAACAUGAAUGGGUAACAACAGAAAACGGUAUUGGAGCAGUAGGAACCAGCAACUUUGCACAGGAAGCUUUUAGAGAUGUUGAUUACUGUAGUCUGUCUGGAAUUGGGAUGAAAUUGAACAAACAAGAUGAGUUUGGUGCUUUGAAAAGUGUGAAAGCUGCUAGUGAGCUCUAUUUUCCUCUAUCAGGAGAAGUAACUGAUCAAAUGUUUCCAGUAAAUCCAGGACUUGUCCAUGAAUCUUGUUACGAAGAUGGUUGGCCGACACCGGGUACUACUUCAGAAGUAGAUGAACUAAGAGUGAAGAAGCAUAUAAGAAAUAGACAACAUCUAUUGAAGAGUGAAAAUGGAACCCCUUAA